AGAUUUUGUUUUGCCUGAGAGAGCCGUUCAAGGACUCUUAUCGUAGUGUGAGGGAAUGCAACCAACGGCGGAGAGUGAAAACAACCGUUAAUGGAACGUUCUCGCGAGCUGCCAGCCUCUGACACCGCUGUGCUUUAAGGACGUUGCUGCUGCUUCAGUGAAGCCCUCGUGAUUGGAUGAGAAGAGAACAUUUGAGUACCAGCAUGGACCCGCUCCAUCCUGGAGUUACUCACAAUACUUAGUUCUCUGUGGUGUUCACAUGUGCAGCUGAGUCCACUGAACCCUGAACCGUGACCAGCACCAGUCUGUGACUGACCUCCUGUCAGGUAAUCUGUCUUGUGCCACGAUGAUGUCGGUAGACGUGACCAAUCAUAACGGCCCGGCUGCCACGCCUCCCUCCUCACUCAGCCUCCGCUCCUCACACAACCAGCUACUCAGCAGCGAUGUCAUCAAACAGGGCGCAGCCACACCUCCCAAGUGUCGCAAGAAGUAUGCUCUUACCAGUAUUCAGGCUGCCAUGGGCCUCGGAGAAGCAGUGCCAUCUUUAUCAUCACCAUCAUCGUCUCCUUCUUCAACUCCCAAUAAUCCCAAACUAGCCAAAAAUGGGGCAAACCAGCUCCGUAAAGCGGGUCAGGAUCACAACAAAAACACAACAGGGCCAGACCCGACAGACCCAGAGUGCGAAUUAGAAACCCCAGAUGACCCCAAUGUGAACACAGCUGAGGAGAAUGACAGCCACACUCUGACUAACAAUGACAGAGAGGAUGAUGUUAGUAAGUUAGAUGUUAAACUGCACUCAGACUCUAUCAGUGAUGCAGAGCCUGAGCAGAAAACAGAAUCUGACAUAGACUGUGACAUUCACACGACUGUGGAGCUCAAACUGAACGGAAACACUACAGAUUCUGGCUUAGACUUGAACAUUGAGGCAGAGGAGAAUGACGACAUCAGCAUUCUAUCAGAGAAGGAAAUGAUGUCAAGAAUGAAGAUUGAGGAGGAUGGAGAUGAGGUGUCUGUGGUAGAGGAGCAACAAGAGGAUGAGGAAGAGGAGAAGAAGCCUUUACUGAUGAUAAGAAGUGAGUCUCCUGUAAAGAAUCACAAAGUUUCUUCAUCAUUGGAGCUCAUCUCUGACCUACACUCAAACCUAAAGCUCCUAAAGUCAGGCAAGGAGUCUUCAGUUCCUCCACCUCCCUCUCCACCCAAGCAGGCCAGCCCUGAGGACACACCGUUGCUCUCUGUGGCGUCCUGUUCCUCCUCUUCCUCCUCCUCCUCCCCAGAGACGAAGAAGGACAGAAGGACUGGCGCAAAGACAGACUGUGCCUUGAACCGAAUCCAGAAUCUGAACCCAAGUGACGAGGAGUUGAGUUGGACUACACUAUCCCAGGAGAGCAACUCCCCAGAGGAGACAGAUAUCUGGAGCGAGCAGUCAUUCCAGACAGACCCUGAUCUGCCUCCAGGAUGGAAGAAGAUCACAGACAUGGCUGGUAUCUACUACUGGCACAUUCCUACAGGCACCACCCAGUGGGAGAGGCCUGCCACCCGCCCAGCACCCACUGGACAGACAGAGACCCAGUCUCUGGACGACCACGCAGCUUCCACGCCACGUAAACACUCCCUGGGCUCUCUCAGCCCCUCACCUACACCUGACCAUGAGUCCUGCCAGGCAGAGAUCUUCUUCAGGGCAUCAACUCGUUCAGGCAGCACGACCUCUGACAGCUCAGUGGAGCCUCUCUCCUCUCAUGAGCCCACCCUCACCACCUGUGGAUUUGUCAACAGCUGCUACUUUCCUCGUUCCACAUCUCUACAGGGGAUGCCCGACCAAGAAAGUCAAUCUCAGCAUCAGGAAGAUGAGGACAAGAAACAGGUGUGGAGUGAUUUUGGCGGAAAGAUUGAUAGUGAAGUGUGGAAGGACCUGCAGGCAGCCACAGUGAACCCUGACCCUAGCCUGAAGGAGUUUGAAGGCGCUACGCUUCGCUAUGCAUCACUCAAGCUAAGGAACCGUCCAGCAGUUGAAGAAGAGGAGUCCAGCAGUGUAAACAGUGACCCAGAAGCAAAGUGUUUCGCAGUACGCUCUCUGGGAUGGGUGGAGAUGGCAGAGGAAGACCUGGCUCCUGGAAAGAGUAGUGUCGCCGUUAACAACUGCAUCCGACAGCUAUCCUACUGCAAGAAUGACAUCAGAGACACCGUUGGCAUCUGGGGAGAGGGAAAGGAUAUGUACCUGGUGCUGGAGAACAAUAUGUUGAACCUGGUUGACCCAAUGGACCGCAGCGUGCUUCACUCUCAGCCUAUUGCAAGUAUCCGAGUGUGGGGCGUUGGCAGGGACAAUGGCAGGGACUUUGCAUAUGUUGCACGGGAUAAAAACACCAGGAUCCUGAAAUGUCAUGUGUUCCGCUGUGACACACCAGCCAAAGCCAUCGCCACCAGCCUGCAUGAGAUCUGCUCCCGGAUAAUGACCGAGCGAAAGAAUGCCAAAGCGAUGGCAGGAGGCUCUCUGCAGGACAGGAUGCAGGCAGGACUUGAUCUGCCUUUACAAGCAGAGUUUCCCACACCGAAGACAGAGCUGGUGCAGAAGUUUCAGGUGCUCUAUCUUGGGAUGCUGCCUGUGGCCCGACCAAUAGGCAUGGACAUACUGAAUGGAGCUAUAGAGAGUUUAAUCAGUUCUUCCAGCAGAGAGGACUGGACGCCUGUGGCUCUCAAUGUGGCAGAUGCCACUGUCACCAUCAGUAAAGAAAAGGAUGAAGAGGAAGUGCUGGUGGAGUGUCGUGUUCGUUUCCUGUCUUUCAUGGGCGUUGGGCGUGACGUACAUACAUUUGCCUUCAUCAUGGACGCAGGCGGCCAUCGCUUUGACUGUCAUGUCUUCUGGUGUGAGCCCAAUGCUGGGUGUGUGUCGGAGGCUGUUCAGGCAGCUUGCAUGCUGCGGUACCAGAAGUGUUUGGUCGCUCGCCCCCCCUCCCAAAAGGCCUGCGGCUCGUCUCCCCCUGGUGACUCCGUGUCACGCCGCGUUUCGACCAGCGUGAAGAGAGGCGUCCUGUCGCUCAUCGACACCCUCAAACAGAAGAGACCUGUCACCGAGUUACCGCAGUAACCACAGUAGAGCUUUUCUGACUCCCUGCCACAACUCCCUUGUCACCAUGGUAACUAGUUGCAUCUCUGCCAAAUCCUGUCACCACCAUAGACCCUGGUAUCCAUGGAAACACAGCAAAGCCCCAGGGUUUAAGAAACCCUGCAACUUUUCCUUCGCUUUCCUCAAGUUAAAUUUAGUUUCACCUCAAGAGUUUAUCAGCUCCUGAGACUUGAAUCUACUUUCUUUAAAGGAAAAAAAUGACUCUUACUCCACGUUAAGAAGGAAAGAACACAGAGAAACACCUGAACCACGACGGUGAAGGCGAAAGUGUACAUAGAAGUAUAAGUGAGGACAAGGGUGAAAUUAAGGUAGAAGGAAGCUGUCCUUCAUGCCCAGACCGCUGAUCUCUUCAUGCUCUUAUUGUAUUUGUGUCCGUGCCUGUGCUCCCAGCAUGACCUUGCACACCUGGCCAUGCCCUCUUAUCAUACACCUGGUUAUCCUGUCAGUCUGUAGUGGCUUUAACCUCCCUCCCUCUUUCCCUUUUCUCAUUACCUUCAAUAGGCUCUAAUGUAACAUUAAUGAAAGUGGACUAUCAUGAAGCCAUCAUGUCUGACUUUGAAAUGUAGAGAGUAAUGUAUGAAAGAAGGAAGCUGCUACAGACUCAUCAGAUUUGACAACCCUUCCUGUGACCCUUUCAAUGAUCCUGCAUGACACAAAUCUAGAAAAUAUCACACACUGCUGCUGCUCUUGGAGACUGAAGGAGUAAGAAAUCUUAGCCAUGCUGUCUUUCUUUCUUCUUCUUCAUUUUUUCAACAGUGCAAGAAUCAGCCUGCGAGGUCUGAACGAGUGGUGACCAUUCACCAGAAAACAGCCUUUUCUUAUUCUUCCUGUUUUCUUGUUGCGUUAAUCUUUUGUUGUCCCUUGGAAGACGAGAGACUACAGACAGACAAUAGCCAUAACAGAGGAAGAGAUGCAGCAAUGGACAGAGAGUAACUGCUCCAUGCUAUAAGAUUAUGAAACUGCUGCUCCACACCGGAGGCAUCAGCAUGCUGCUGCUGCUGCUGCUCUUUGAUACACAUGCUGGAGGAAAUUUGACAUUUUAUUCCUUUAGAUCCCACCUCACCAGAGAUGUCAUAAGAGGAUUGAAAACAGGAAAGGCUCGAGGAAUCAUGCAAAGAAGAAGACUGGAGGAAUGUGUUUUUGUACCUGGGUGUGGUGGCGAUGAUUUUGUUUACAGCUGAGCUGAACUUUGAGGAGGUGAGAAAAGGUUUCACCUCCAGCCUUGGCUGUUUUUCCAGAGGAAAGCCAAAAGACAGAUGUGUAAACUCAAUCUAACAGGACUUUCCUGGGCUGCUAGAUGUCUCCAGGGUUCUGUUCACUUGAAUGCGCCUUCACCAUGUUUUCAUUGCCUUCUGCCUUUUUGUAUGACUGUUUUCAUCAGUGCCACAAGAUCACUCUCUUCGCUCUGUUUCUGUUUGUCUCACUCAAAUCUCAGUUCAACACUUCUAGCUUCUGUUAACAUGUCUGACAAGUUUGGACAUAUAGUAAAAAAAUUAUGAAGUCCUUUAAAAUCCUGACCACAACACAGGAGCAAAGUGCUUCACCUGUUUGCUAAAACCCUGCAUCUGACAGCUGUUUCAUAAUCAUAGUUGAGGUACUGUGAUUCAGCUUGCCAUCCUAUUAAGCUGUUUGUUUCUCCGUGUAUACAAUUGUGUAUCUGUCGGAAGCAUAUGUGAGGAGUUUAGCUUUCUUUAUAACCUUUCAAAAACCAACAUCAUAAAUUAAAGAUGUAGGAAAGCAGUUUAUGUGUCUUGCCAAUUAGCUUAUUCUCUCAAUUUCACUUUUGCAGCUUUCACCUCCAUGAAACCAUUUCAGCUCAGUCUUUUUGUAGGUUUGAGAAAGUUGUGACAUAACAAUACCAGCCAUGUAGCCAAUCAAACUGGCACAUAUUCUACCUAAAAGAGUAAAAAAUGCCACCAAUCUGAAAUAUGACAAUAAGGGUGAUGCUGUUCUUUGUGCUGGCAGUUCCCAUGUGUGAACAUUUUCCUUUAUUCAAGCAUUAUCUAUAAGGAAAACAUAACAAUAAUGUAAAGGAAACCCUUUUCUGCCAUAUGCAGCAGCUGUAGACCUGGAAACUUCAGAAAACACUAGUCAGAUUAAUCACACUGAGGACCGGAGUGUUAGAAUACAUUUGUUUUGUAUGGAAUUAAGUGCUGCCAAAACAAAAAAUGGCUGCUGUGGGGUGCUGAAGGUCGUAUAAGGCAUACUUUUAACUAGGGGUGGGAAAUGUGAGGAAAAAUCAUAUCACAAUUUUUUUAUGGCUGGAUCACAAAUUCGAUUUUAUCUGGAUUUUUUUCAUUCUGAAUUUAAGGGUGUUUUUUAUGUUAUUGACAAGAAACAGAAAUUAUUCUCCAUAUGCAUUUUUAAAUGCACAAGUCCUGAGUUUAAAAGUAAACUUUAUUUUCUUUUUUUUCUUUAGCAACAACCUGUUAGUCAGUGCAUGAAGUAUUUAGAUAUUUGAUAUUUUCUAGUUGCCACCACCAGGGGUGGUCUGGAUGUCUAAUAGUUAGAAUGAGAGGCUAUUUUCCCCUCGAAGUGAAAUCAUAUAAUCAUAGUUUGAUGUUUUAUCUUUUUUUCCUAGUAUUAGAUCCAAAUCCAAAGUAACAGCACUGUAGGCUACAGCAAUGGUCUAUAAGGGAAAAAAUGCCUGGCAGAUAACCAAAAGGGGGUGAGACACAUUGCAACAUCCUCUGGGUUUCCAGCAUCACGUCUCCAUGUUUCUCUUCUGAACUAGCUGUGUGAUUGGGAUUUGGGUGAGAAAUUGAAGCCACAUUACCUUCUUUUAUCACAAGGAUGUUGAAAUGUGAAUGAAAUGACAACAUUUGUGUGUACAUAAUAUCCGUAUAAAUGUAACAUUUGGCAUUAAUCAAUGUUAUAAGCUAUGUUUUUUUUUUGUUUUCAUUUUGAAUGUCUGUACCUUUCUGUUUAUUUUCUUGUAAUGAAAUGCCUUUUUUUAAAUUCACCAAAUGGCCAAAGUGUAAAAUAGUGAUAUACAUUGUUGUAGAUAUGAAAAAUACAAGAGCAAAUAAUGAAAAGAGGAGAAGUGAUUGGAACUAUUAACAGUUGUCGAUUAAGUUGAUGCUGAAUCUAACUGAGCAAUUAUCUAUGCAUUCUUUUGAUCGCAAGAAAUGGAAAGUCGUUAAAAUCCUUGCAUGCCCUUGGACGGUUGAAAGAACGACUGUAUGUACUGAACAGAAAUAUUUUUUAUUUUAUUUAUUCUAUUUUAUAAAGGUAUAUACUGAUUUUAUUAGUUGGGGCAAGUGAAGUCUCUGGACUUGGUGUCAUUGUCUCAGUCUCUGGUUAACUCACAAUGCUACAACACGCUCCGCUUUGCAGAACAGGCAGAUAAAGGAAAUAUAUCUUCACCCUGUACAGUGCACUCAGAGCUGGGAGUCUACUGCUGCUUCAGAGAGAAGAAGAGGAGGAAGAUAAUAGAGGGAACAGCAGUGGACUCUCAGCGUCUCUGUCAGUCUCACACAAACAAAAAAAAACACAUUUCCCACUGGUGGAUGUGUUAGCUUCUGUUUGCUGCUCACUGAUUUGUACACUUUAUCAAUGUAACCGGUUGUGAGAAUAAACAGCAUUAUAAUAUAGAGUA